AAAAUACUUGGAAUUUACAUAUACGUGCUGUGACAGAGGAGGAUCGCGGUGGCUAUAUGUGUCAAUUGAAUACGGAUCCUAUGAAAAGCCAGAUUGGUUUCCUUGAUGUUGUCAUACCACCCGAUUUCGUAUCAGAAGAUACUUCAUCCGAUGUCAUAGUGCCCGAAGGCAGUUCUGUUAAACUAACAUGUCGUGCUCGCGGUUACCCCGAACCCAUUGUUACAUGGCGUCGUGAGGAUGGUAAUGAAAUUGUUUUAAAAGACAGUGUGGGCACCAAAACUAUGGUGUCCUCUUAUCGUGGCGAGGUAUUAAAACUAACAAAAAUUUCUCGCAAUGAAAUGGGUUCAUAUCUUUGCAUAGCAUCAAAUGGUGUACCACCAUCGGUUUCAAAAAGGAUAUCCUUAAGUAUACAUUUUCAUCCUGUUAUUCAAGUACCAAAUCAAUUAGUCGGUGCACCACUUGGUACUGAUGUUCAAAUUGAAUGUCACGUAGAGGCUUCACCAAAAUCAAUUAACUACUGGAUUAAGGACACUGGUGAAAUGAUUGUCUCAUCAUCUAAAUAUCACGUACAGGAAAACUCCAAAUCAAUGUAUGAGACCAAAAUGACACUGAUUGUACGGAAAUUCCAAAAAGAAGAUGUAGGCUCAUAUCGUUGUAUUGCCAAAAAUUCACUAGGAGAAGUAGACAGUAGUAUAAGACUUUAUGAAAUCCCUGGACCAAGUCGUAAAACGCCAGUUAAUAAACAUGGCAGUAACGCAGAUGCCGACACCAAUGACAUUUUAAAACAAAAACAAUUACGCGUCACAUAUCAACCCGAUGAUGAAGAUCUUUAUGGCUCGGCGGAGGAUUUUGAUGACAGCGAUUUACCAUUGCCACCCUUAACACCAAAUGUUUACUACACCUCAGGAGGAGGAGGAGGUGGUGGCGCGGGAAGCUCUGCCAAUAAUGCUGCAAAUUCCAACAGCCACCAUCAUAAACAUGGCACUCAUAAACCUCACAGUCUGGAUGCUGUUAAUGGUGGACGACAUCACUACAACACCAUGGGCAACUCGUUCGAGUUUGGUGCAAAUGGUGUUGGUGGUGGUAUUAAUGGCCUACCUGGUGUUAUAAGUAACAGCAACGUUGUUACGCGUAAACCCACAUAUUAUAGUAAAACGGAAGUUCGUAGUGGUGCCAUGGACAAUAAUGACAUCACAUCGUCUGCACCAGCCUCCAGCCGUUUAUAUCAUCAGCCAGUGCAAAAAUUGUCUAUAGCUUUGGCUGACUGGCCUUUAUGGUGUUGCCAUUGUUGUUGCUUUUCAUUUUGGUCUUUUCAACGUCAUUGGCCGUAUUUAAUAGUUUUAUUGUCAGUAUUGUACAGUUUAAUCACAACAUUUUGUUGGAAUUUAUUAUAAUACACAACAACUACAACAACAGCAACAAUUGCAAAAGCACCAGCAAUAACAGCAACAACAACAACGACAAUACCAUCAACUAUGUCAACAACAUCGACAAUGUACAGUUUUGCACCGCAGUGAGAAAAAUAAAUAAAAAUCCAAAAAGAAUGAGAAAAAUAAAAGUUAUAUAGUAAAAUAAACUUUACGUAGAACGUAAAGUUGCAAAUUACAAAAAUGAAAAGAUAAAUAAAAUGAAAUAUUGAUAAAAAAUGAAUUCAAGUGAAAAUAAGAAAAACAUGCGGCCGAGCCGCAUAUAUUAUAGCCUCCCUCU